AUGCUUCCCGGGGAUAACAUCCCUUCUUUUGACAAUAAGAUAAUUACUUUAGGAGAAAUUAAAAAAGUUGUGCAGGAUUAUUUUCAUAAUCACUCAGAAAUUGGAUACUACAGAUGGGAUAAUAUUCAAGGGCUUUUGAAUAAACUGGCUGAACACGCGAAUAAUGCUGAAGUACAAAAUUCUGAGAUUGAUUCAAAUAAACUUAGACAAGAAAUGAAAGAAAUCGAAUCAAAUAAAAGGAUUGCUUUGGAUCUAACAAACAAACCUCUUCCAAAUCCGGUUCAAAGUCAAAAAUCAUCUGAGGAACCUGUGCAAGUUUCCAAUCCAACUAAUGAACUUAAGAAUGAUAAAGCAGAAAAUAAAGAUCCUAUAAAAUCUUUAGGAAAAGAAAAACAGAAUGAAGAUUAUGCUAAAGAAAUCAAAUCUUUGAAGGAUAAAAAUGAAGAUUAUGUUAAAAAAAUUAAAAAUUUGAAGGAUGAAUACGUUAGAGAAAUUAAAUCUUUGAAGCAAGAAAAUGAUAAAUAUCUAAAAGAUUAUAACAAACUUAUAACGGCGCAUAAUAAUAAUGUUGAACUAUUUAAUAAACGUCAAAAGGAAAGUGAAGUCGAAAGAAUGAAAUAUGAAAAGAGUAUAGCGACUUGGAGGGAAAAUUAUGAUAAUCUAGACGAGCAAUUGAAAAGUAAAAGAAAGGAAUAUAAUACGCUUUAUCAAAUGAACGAAUCAUUAAGAGAAGAAGCUUCCCAAUAUCAAUCAGCUUUAGGAGAUGCUAGGAAUUAUCGUUUGGGUGAUAAUGACGCUAAUAAUCCUACUCAACUUACAAAAGAUAUUGAAAUCAUACAAGAUUCUAUCAGUAAUUUCUGUAAAAUCAAGGGAGGAGUUGACAUCAAUGAACAACAUCUAACGUCGCUUUUGGAAAAGUAUAAAUGUAAAAUAGAAGAACCUGGAGAUAAGGUUCUUCUUAAAGCUGCCUUACAGCGUUAUAUAAUCGAAACUAUUAUAGAUAAAACCGAUGAAUAUUUAAAAAAGGAAUUAACCCCCGAUGAAAAGGACAAGCAUAUUGAAUUAGAAGUUAUCAAUUCCACGAAAAAUUAUUUAACAACAAUAAAACAAUUAAUAAAUACACGAAAAGGUACGGACAAAGUAAGCGAUGCGGCUCCAACAAAAAUUAGCCAACUUGUCAUGGCGGUGCUUGGGGAUCGUGGAUUUUGUUUAGACAAUGAUGGUAAAGAACAUGAGUUCGUUCUGGAACUCAAAAAAGAAAUUAUUGGGAUAAUGAAUAAUCUUCGUACAAUAAAAAAAGAAGAUAAAAGAAAAGAUAAUGAAGAGAUGGCAGCGGAAAUCAUUAGAAAUGUCAUCAAAAUGUUUGUUUUCCGUAUAAAAGUUUUAGAGCCACCAGGUGAAAUCGAAUGGAUCGAUAAAGACGCGAAACUUGAUCCGACAAUAAUGGAAGUGGGAAAUUUGGAAGAUGAUAAUCAUGAGGAUUAUACUGUAAAUUUAUGUAGUUUCCCUUUAAUAGGUGUAAGCUUAAAAUCAGAAAAAGAUCGUAAAGUCCUCGUCCCUGCAAAAAUUAUUGCAAUUAGACCACCUAAAGCUGAACAAAAAAACACAACAAAGAUGAAUAAGCUAAUCAACUUCAACUUGUUUGGGAAAUCAGAACCUAAGAAAAGGAAUAAUUCUACUGGUUCUAAUAAUUCGACGGAAUAUUAA